AUGCCUCCCAAAAAGUUCGUUGCCCUUGACGACUUCAUGGGCGAGGAAAAACCCAAGAAGAACCAAGUUGCUUCGCCCUUUGGUGGCUUCUACACGAAGCAAGCCGCCGGUAAUAGUCCCUCCAACGGAGGUCAAGCACAGAAAAAGACUCUGAACCAACAAUCUUCGUACCAGGCUCAACGUAACUGGAAUGACGGCAGUCAAUACCAAAACUAUCAAAAUAACCAAACUUCUCAGAACUAUCAAAACUACCAAAACUACCAAUCACAGACAUCAACACCAGCAACAAGCAACACCCCUACUCCUAGCACUUCUACCGCAUCUCUUACGUCUUUGACCACGUCCUUGGCUAACCUUGGUUUCACUCCAAUCUCCGGAAUCCUUUCAAGCCUCCCACAAUGCGCAUCGCUGACGGACUGCAAACAACAAAUCCAACUGGCCGUGGCAGAAUUCAAUAAAGAUGGCCAUUCGGCUGAAGAUAUCAAAAACUGGGACGUUCCUAGUAUCAUCGGCAAACUCAUGAAGCCCAAAAACGCUUCGCUGGUGCAAGAGUCUGGAAUGGUCUUGAUAUCUCAACUAGCCAAUAAUUUCGCUGGCAACUCGCCACAAGAAGUAUUUUUACUCCCAUUACUGCCCUCUGCCUUGGACGCAAUCAUCAGCAAAGAAAGCUCAGUGAGACGUUCUGCCCAACACGCCAUUGAUUCGGUAUUUGGUCUUUUCCCAAUUGAGGCGCAGACUUGUGUUGUGCUACCUAAGCUCCUCGAGUAUUUGAGUUCAGGUGUCAAGUGGCAAUGCAAACUUGCAGCAUUAAAACUUGUCGACCGUAUUAGAGAAGAGUCUCCCAACGAUCUGCUUGAGCUAACUUUCAAAGAUGCUGUUCCGGUACUUACUGAUGUCGCGACCGAUUUCAAGCCCGAACUAGCGAAGCAAGGUCACAAAACCCUACUGGACUUUGUUUCUAUUUUGGACAACUUAGACCUUUCUCCCCGCUUUGAAUUAAUCGUCGAUACUUUGCAGGAUCCUGCCAAGGUUCCAAGUUCGGUCAAGUCGCUGUCCAGUGUUACUUUCGUUGCAGAAGUCACCGAGCCAGCAUUGAGUAUAUUGGUACCAAUCCUCAACAGAUCAUUGAACCUUUCAUCCUCCUCCCAAGAACAACUCAGACAAACGGUUAUUGUUGUUGAAAAUUUGACCAGAUUGGUCAACAACAGGUCUGAAAUUCAGCAUUUCAUUCCUCAAUUAAUGCCUGGCGUUCAAAAAGUUUUGAACACUGCCUCCUUACCAGAAGUGCGUGAACUAGCAGAAAAAGCGCUGCAGGUUUUGGUAGACGAUUCUGAAGAUGAUGGAAAAUUUGCUGGCAAAAUCUCACCUCAAGAAGGUUUGACUUUUUUGAAGAAAAGACUUCACUAUCUUACCGAGAAAACACUGAGCGACGACGUGGUCUCUUAUCUGUCGAAAAUUUUAAGUGUCGAUGCAAAUGUUAACGACUGGAAGAGACUAAGGGAAUAUUUGGUUCUCGUUUUCGGUGAAGAUAAAGCCGAAAGCAUCGACAGUCACUUCAUUCAUGAACUGAGACUUGUUUUCCACCAAGAAAAAGUGCAAUACGACGACGACGGAAUUGAAAUUGUCAACGCUGAUUUUUCUCUUGCUUACGGUUCCAGAAUGCUGCUAAACAAAACUACCCUCCGUCUCUUGAAAGGUCAUCGUUACGGUUUGUGCGGCAGAAAUGGUGCUGGUAAAUCCACAUUGAUGAGGUCUAUUGACAAUGGUCAAUUGGAAGGAUUUCCUGACAAGGAUACUUUAAGAACGUGCUUUGUGGAGCACAAGCUCCAAGGAGAAGAAGGUGAACUUGAUUUGGCGUCUUUCAUAGCUUUAGACCCUAUCUUGAAAGACGUUUCUCGUGAAGAGAUUUCGAAAGCUUUGGAAACUGUGGGCUUCGACGAAGAAAGAAGAGCGCAAACCGUGGGGUCAUUGUCAGGUGGUUGGAAGAUGAAGCUAGAAUUGGCAAGAGCCAUGUUACAAAAGGCCGAUGUUUUGUUGUUGGACGAACCAACCAAUCAUUUGGAUGUGGCGAAUGUGAAAUGGUUACAAGAUUACCUGUUGGAGCAUACCGAGAUUACAUCUUUGAUUGUGUCACACGACACUGGUUUUUUGGAUGCGGUGUGUACCGACAUUAUUCACUACGAGAACAAGAAACUUGCCUACUACAAGGGUAACUUAGCUGCGUUCGUGGAACAGAAACCAGAGGCGAAGUCCUAUUACACCUUAACUGAUACCAAUGCGCAAAUGAAAUUCCCACCGCCUGGUAUUUUGACUGGUGUGAAAUCUAAUACUAGGGCUGUCGCAAAGGUGACUGGUGUCACCUUUGCCUAUCCAGGUGCAAGUAAGCCUUCUUUGAGUGGCGCAUCAUGUGCGCUGUCGUUAAGUUCAAGAGUCGCUGUACUUGGACCAAAUGGUGCAGGUAAAUCGACUCUCAUUAAGAUUCUCACAGGAGAACUUGUUCCUCAAGAAGGAAAGGUCGAAAAGCACCCCAACCUUCGUAUUGGGUAUAUUGCACAGCACGCUUUGCAACAUGUCAAUCUGCAUAAAGAAAAGACGGCUAACCAAUACUUACAAUGGCGUUACCAGUUCGGUGAUGACAGAGAAGUGCUAUUAAAGGAGUCGAGAAAAAUUUCUGAGCAAGAGAAAGAGAUGAUGUCGAAGCAAAUUGAUAUUGACGAUGGUAGAGGUAGCCGUGAAAUUGAAGCCAUCGUGGGACGUUCGAAGUUGAGAAAAUCUUUUCAAUAUGAAGUUAAGUGGAAGUUUUGGCUACCAAAAUACAACUCCUGGGUUCCAAAGGAGGCGCUUAUCGAGAAUGGGUUUGAUAAGCUAGUGCAGAAAUUCGAUGACCAUGAAGCGUCCAGAGAGGGUCUCGGAUAUCGUGAAUUGACCCCAGCAGUGAUCACAAAGCAUUUCGAUGACGUUGGAUUAGAUGCUGAAAUUGCCAACCACACGCCACUGGGAUCUUUGUCUGGUGGUCAAUUGGUGAAGGUUGUGAUUGCUGGUGCUAUGUGGAAUAACCCUCAUUUACUGGUAUUGGAUGAACCUACUAAUUAUUUGGACAGAGACUCGCUUGGUGCCCUGGCCGUUGCCAUCAGAGACUGGUCUGGUGGUGUUGUAAUGAUCUCGCACAACAACGAAUUUGUGGGUGCUUUAUGUCCUGAACAGUGGAUUGUUGAAAAUGGUAAGAUGGUUCAAAAAGGUGUCAAUGCAAUUGAUCAGAGUAGAUUUGAAGAUGGUGGAAAUGCCAGUGCCACAGACUCGACUAUCAACGCUUCACCAUCGGUUGUGGACGACGACUCACCAGCUAACAUCAAGGUAAAACAAAGAAAGAAGAGACUAACCAGAAAUGAAAAGAAGCUGCAGGUCGAAAGACGCCGUCUACGUUACAUUGAAUGGUUGAAUUCUCCCAAGGGCACUCCAAAGCCUGUCGACACUGACGACGAGGAAGAAUAA